UAUAUAUAUCUAUCUAUCUCUCUCUCUCUCUCUCUCUCUCUCUCUCAGUGAUCAGACGGGAAUUCGAGGAGAUCUGAUAUGCCUUCUCCCGCCGCUGCCAAGAAAAAGGAAGCGCCUUCUCUGAAGUCACCUUCUUCGCUCUUCCCAUACGCAAUCUUGCUAACCCUAAUCAUCCUCUUCCUCUACUCCACUUUCCUCACUUCACCAUCCUCUCCUCCCCCCAAAGAAAAGAUCUCCCGUUCCUGCAACCUCUUCGACGGCCGAUGGGUCCUCGACCGGGAGCCCCGGAAGCCCGUGUACGACGAGACAUGCCCGUUCCACAGAAACGCCUGGAACUGCUUGAGGAACCAGAGAGAAAACAUGGGUAUGAUCAAUUCUUGGAGAUGGGUCCCUAAAUAUUGCAGCUUGGACCGGAUCGACCCGGUUCGGUUCCUGGGUCUGAUGAGGAACAAGAACAUUGGGCUCGUGGGGGACUCGUUGAAUGAGAAUUUCCUGGUUUCGCUGCUUUGUAUACUGAGGGCGGCUGACGCGGGUGCCAAGAAGUGGAAGAGGAAAGGGGCUUGGCGAGGAGCUUUUUUCCCUAAGUUCAACGUCACAGUUGCAUAUCACAGAGCGGUGCUGUUGGCUAAAUACGAGUGGCAGCCGAAAGAGCCCACUCUGGCCGAAGGACAUGGGUCAAAAGGUUUUUAUCGAGUAGAUGUGGACAUUCCUGCUGAUGAUUGGGCCCACAUCAAUGACUUCUACGAUGUCCUUGUUUUCAAUACUGGUCACUGGUGGGGUUCUGAUAAGUUCCCGGAAGAGACACCUCUAGUCUUUUAUCAGGCUGGACGCCCGAUCUUCCCACCCCUCAAGAUGUUGGAUGGACUCAAAGUUGUUCUUGAGAACAUGGUUUUGCAUAUACGAAGGAAUAUCCCUAACAAGACUCUCAAGUUCUGGCGGUUACAGUCGCCAAGGCAUUUCCACGGUGGAGACUGGAAUCAGAAUGGUAGUUGCCUGUUCAAUGAGCCACUCCAGGAUUCUCAGCUUGAUAUGUGGUUUGAUCCCAGCAACAAUGGGGUGAACAAAGAAGCAAGACUGCUGAAUAAUCUGAUCGAGGGCACGCUGCAAGGAACGGAUAUUCAGUUGCUGGAUUUGACGCGUUUGAGUGAAUUCAGAGCUGAUGCCCACCCAGCAAUUUGGUUGGGGAAAAAGGACGCAGUGGCUGUUUGGGGCCAAGAUUGCAUGCACUGGUGCCUACCAGGCGUGCCUGAUACCUGGGCCGAUAUUUUGUCCCAAUUAAUCCGUCAUGGCUCGGAGAGAUGGUGACGAACCAGAAAGCAUCAUGCGAGGGUGACUGUAAAAGAUGGUGAUGAAGCUAGCCUGUCGAACAUUAAGGAAGGGUUCGCACCUAAUCAUGUGAAAUGGACCCAAAUCUUUGAGAUUCUUAAUUGAUUUGCUGGUAGACUUACAGCUGCUCCAUGGCUUGCGACGAACUCCGAACCGACGGAGUUUAAAGUGAAGUGUCGCUUCACAGCUAGCGACAAGCUUUAACAACCAACCAUCGAGACGCUUCAGUCACAACAUGUUAGGAACCCCGAAUCCGAGGGUCUAGUUUGUUGCCGUUGCUGGUGCCUCGCCUUAACCAUGGUGGUGAUUUUAUUCAGAGCUGCGCACGAUUUCUUGUCUUGUCAGAUCUAUUCACUUACUGUGAUCUUGAUGUGGAGCAUGGAUGAGAUAAUCCGAUGUAUCGAGCAAGCAUAAGUUUCAGCAGAUUUUUGAAGUUUACGGAUCACAUAGAUCUUAAGUUUGUUCUUCCUUGUA